AUGAAACCAAUAGCUCCCAUACUGCUUGAACCUCAUCUGGGGGAACUGGGGGAGCUGGGAAAUCCCAGAAGAAAACCUCGCAAUGAUGCAGCCACCGGAGUGUCUGCAGCAGGUGUCCGCGCCCUCAGUGCACAAAUGGUAGCCUUUUAUUUUAGGGCUCCAAUAAAAGCAUUCUUUCGUACUCGAGUCGAUUAUAUGGCAUAUGCAAGAGCUGUAAACCCUCGUGUUGCAGAAGGUAAAUGGUCUCUUCAUACCACCACUCCCGGACUGUUACUCCAUGCCGUUCGAACAUACGGCUGGCGGUUUAUCCCCAACCAAGUCCUGCCACCCCUGAUGGCAAAUGCAGGGAUUGGUGCUGUUCUCUACACAUCUUACCUGCAGGUUUUAGGGACUCUCCAUGAACCUGUCUCCCAGGGAGCCAAGCGAGUCUGGCCCCCAGCCCCUCCCUCUGCAACUUUCACUGCCGGUUUUACCGCAGGAACCAUCCAGUCAAUCAUCGCUGCUCCACUGGAUGCUCUGCAGGUUCGCCUUCGGACCAGUGACAUGCUCGAGGGCCAAUACCGGAGCAUGUGGCACUACGGCCACCAAAAACUCAAACAGAUUGGUCUCCGGGGGGUCUUUGCUGGCUGGAGUCUCUCCUUCUUGCGUGACUCCCUUGGCUAUGCAGUCUUCUUCUCGUCAUUUGAGUACAUCAAAUCUCAAUCCUAUUAUUCUUUUGUCACCUGGUACUAUGGGUCCCUGCAGACUAACCGGGUGGACAUGCUUGCCACCUCAGAGGUCAGUGAGCGGGGUGUGCCACUCAUUAAACCUCAUUACGCGCUGGAGCCCUGUUUUCUCAUGAUGGCCGGCGUUGUGGCCUCGAUCGCUCAGCAAGGGAUUCAACACCCUUUGAGCAUCAUCCAAGAUCUUCACUUGGGUCGACUGGAAUACCUAGACCACCAAGUCAGCCUCACCCCUUCGCGGCAGAGAAUGAUGCAAUUGUAUUACCACGCAUAUCAAGAGACUUUCAAACGGUGCAGGCGGAAGGCAGCGCGUGUCGGAGGCUGGCGCCCGUGGCUGUUUCGGGGGUUCCUCGGGACUGCCAUCCGCCAAGUGCCUAGUACUAGCGCUGGGUUGGUGAUCUUCGAGCUGGUCCGCCGACGAUAUGCCAGCCUGGCCGAUGCUGUCCACAUCGAGAAAGAUGGAUAUGACAUCCUUCUCACAUAG